CGUUGUUUCUUCCUGGUUUUAUUGGUAAAUUCUGGAGUGGCGAUAGCACAUUUUGUUUCCAAAAAAAGCCAGUUAAGUAAUACACUACAGCUAACACUGGAAGCUCGACAUGCAAAAACAUCUUAAGGAAGAAGAUGGACCUCUUCCACUGUCGUCUUUGCGUCUUUUUGUUCCUCCACUGCGUCUGGCGUCUGCAGUUCUGUGGCAAGUUGUUCAGCGGAGAGACAUAAUGGACUAUGGCUUGGUGGAGGAGUUUGUCACCACUGUGUUGGAGGUAGUUCCUGAUCUGAUGAGUUACAGAGAGCGAGUCCAACUCAUCAUGGGGCUGCGGGCACAGCUGGUUCUGGAGUUGUGUCGCACAGAUCACCUAGCUGACCCCGACACCAUCCAGCCACACCUGAACAGGCUUAGAUCCUGUGUCAUCACUCAUAGGGAAAAGGAGAUUCCUGAUCCAGAGGUGGAGGCAUCAGAAUCCAACUUCCUGAAGCUGAUUCAAAGCCUGCUAGAAGACCCAAUUGAGAGAGAACACUUCUUCCAGAAUGUUUAUUCAGAGGAAUUCGGCCUCAAGUAUGACUCCGCACUGCAGAGUCUGGUGUGGGAGUUCCUGUCUAGGCUGGAGAAGUUACUUCCAACACCAACCCUUCAACAGACUGCAUCUUGGUUUCCACCUGACCCUUCUAUCCUGGAGGACUGUGUGCAGUUUGUGUGUCACCCCGAGCCUUUGAAGACCCUACUCCAGUACCAAAACAACACAUAUGAAUAUGUGGACACCAACGCUCUAUCUUCGGUCGACUACAUCCUCUCAUCGCUGUCGCUCUCUCCACUAAAGACAGUUGUGAUCUUUCCAGAUCAAACUGACCCAGAGAUCAAAUCAGAACCCAUGGAGGAACCUUUGCCAUAUGAAAAUAUGAACAUUCAAAGCCCAGCCUCAUCUGCCAACGAUUCAGAAAUGCUUCCUUUGUUGGAGUCAGAUUACGUGAAGAGCGUAGAUGGGGUGCAUUCAGACGGACAUUUGAAUGUUGAGAUUUUGUCUUUACAAAUUCAAGGUUCAGAAGAGGUGUGUAUACACAAGGAAACUACUGAGGGAGACCUUAAACACGAGACAGUUGACAAAGAGUCAGCAAGAGUGAGAGAACUAGAUGGAGCUUUUCACCAACCUCAAACUGACAGUGGGCUAUCAAUACAAAAGCCUCACAGCAACCAACAGAAAGUGCAGGACAGUUCUAGUUUGUCAACUUCCUGUCUGCUCCGUCAGCCCAUGGUGCUGCUGCACCGACUUGACAUGACUGAUAUGCCGUUACCUGUGUCAUCUCCAACAUUGAGGAGAAAGAGGCUUCAAAUUAAAAAAGAGCGACCCCAAGGACAGAGAGCAGGAUGGGUCAUAUCACCAGAAAGUAAGAGCAAUGCCAAUGGACAGCCACCACCAGAGACUGAACAAGACAGUGUAACCUCAGACGAUGAUGCUCCCAAGAAAAGGAAAGCUGGUAGAGGCCUAGAGGAGGAGACACUGCACCACCACGUCAAGGACGUUCACUCAGAGGAGUGCAGUGGACAGAACAGAGAACCUUUUGACAGUAUGCCUCAGUCUUCUUUGGCCCCUGACCUAUCUCAUGUAAUUGGGCAGUCUGCUAGAAGCAAACGGGUCAAAAUGUGCUCCUUUUGUAGGAAGACCUUCAUUGGAGCAAAGGAUUUGACGGCACACAUGAGAUCUCAUACUGAGCAGAGUUCUUACCAGUGCACCCAGUGUUUGCAAAGCUUUGAACAUCAUGAGGACUUACACAAACAUCAACAGAUUGGGUGUGAGGUGGCAACUCAACCAGAAGAGGACAACUUGUCUACGACAUCUUUUGAAGAGGAUAACAUGUCUGCAACAUCUUUUGAGGAUGGGAUCGAGACAUCCCAGCCCAAUGGCACUUCGCCCCUGAGCCCAACGACUUCUAACGUUCGUCCCAAUCCAAAAGAGUUUUCCAAAGCCAGAACUUGCCAUGUGUGUCAGGGAACUUUCCAAAGUGCAUAUUUAAUGAGAAAGCACCUGAAUUCCAAACACGAUCAGCUCCCUUACCAGUGCUGCAACUGUGGAGAACAUUUCAAGAGGAAGUUUCAUUUAAAGGAACAUAAGAAAUUGUGCUUGGUGGCGAGCUCAACAACUUCCAACAUUUGUCCCACUCCAGAUCAGUCUUCCAAAGCCAGAAAUUGCAGUUUGUGUAACAAGACUUUUGACAGUGCAUAUUUAAUGAGAAAGCACCUCAAAUCCAAACAUGAUCAACUCCCUUACCAGUGCCCGGGCUGUGGAGGAAAUUUCCAAAGGAACUUUCAUUUGAAGGAGCAUAAAAAAGAGUGCUUGGUGGUGAAGAGUCUCCUCUCUUGCUCUCUGUGUGACAAAACUUUCAUUGAAGCAAGCAAUUUGACAAAACACGUGAGAUCUCACUCUUACCAGUGCACCAAGUGUUUGCAGAGCUUUGAAUGCCAGGAAGACUUACAGAAACAUCUGCAGAAUGUGUUUGAAGAGCCAGCUCAAUUUGAAGAGGACAACACGUCGAUGCCAUCUUUUGAGGAUGGGACAGAGACAUCCCAGCCCGACGACACUUCCAAUGUCCUUCGCACUCGAAAGGAGUCUUCCAGAGCCAGAACGUGCCGUUUGUGUCACAAAACUUUUGACACGAUACAUUUCAUGAAAAAGCACCUGAAUUCCAAACAUGCUCAGCUCCCUUACCAAUGCCUCCACUGUGGAGAAAACUUCAGGAAGAAGUUUAAUUUGAAAGAACAUCAGAAAGAGUGCCAUAAACCCACUCCAACACAGUUGUCCAAGGCCAGAACAUGCCGUGUGUGUCACAAGACUUUUGUUAGUGUACAUUUAAUGAGAAAGCACCUCAAAUCCAAACAUGAUCUGCUCCCUUACCAGUGUCUCGGCUGUGGAGACCAUUUCUACAAAAAUUCUCACUUGCUGAAACAUGAAAAAGUUUGCUCAGCGGCAAAGAGGCUUCUCACUUGUUGUGAGUGUGGUAAGACUUUUAAGCUCUCUCAGUUUAAGAGGUGUAACCUGGUGAACCAACAGCAGGCACCUAGGGGGGGUCACCAAGAGACCAACACGACUCUAAUAGUGGAAAAUGGGAUGGAGAUACCCCAGUCCUUCAGCACAACACCCCAGAACCCAACAACCUCCAAUGCUCUCACAAUUCAAGGGCAAUCCUCCACAAUAGCCAACCAUUAUGAAACAUGUCUUUUGUGUAAUGAAACGUUUCAAAAUGGAGAGAAUCUGAGAAAACAUAUGAAAUUCCAACAUGAUGUACGUACGUACGUGUGCCUUGUUUGCGGAGAGACAUUCCAAAGCAAAUCUGAACUACAGAAACAUUCUGACAUUCAUUUGGGCUCCAGAAAGUGUCCUUUGUGUGUUAAGAAUACUUCUCAAUCAACGCUGCAGCACGUUCAGAGACAACAGCAAGACUCGAGGGUGUCAAGUGAGGGAGUCAACCCAAACCAGCACCAAAGGGAUGUUGAUCCAGCAGAUGGCAGCAGCUCGCUGGCACCAAGGGAACAUGAGACAAAUAUCCCUCAGCCUUCAACCUAUCUAUGUGAUACAUGUGGUAAAGACUUCCCAUCUCUGUGCCGAUUGAAAAGACAUUUGCAAGUACAUACAGGAGAGCAGCCUUUUCCUUGCACGGAUUGUGGCAAAUGUUUUACUUGCAAGGGUAGUCUGAAAAUCCAUCAACGCCUUCAUACAGGAGAGCGGCCAUUUGCGUGCACUUUGUGCCAACAACGUUUUAUCACAAAUAAACACCUAAAAAGACAUGUGUUUACUCACACAAGGGAAAAGCCUUUUCAGUGUUCAGCUUGUGGGAAAACCUUCAAAACGAAACAAGGCUGGAGCAGACAUCAACAAUUUAGGCGUUGUUACCUGGAAAAACAUACUAGAGCAAGUUUUCUAGGCAAUCAGAAGGACUUACAAAAACAUCUGAAGAUUGGGCGUGAGGAGGCAGCUCAACCAGGAGAGGAUAACAUGUCUACAACAUCUUUUGAGUACAAGACAUCCCAGGCCCAUGGCACUUCAGCCCAGAGCCCAGACACUUCUAAUGUUCGUCCUACCCCAAGACAGUCCUCCAAAGCCAGGACGUGCCACGUGUGUCAUGAAAUCUUCCAUAGUGCAUAUUUAAUGAGAAAGCACCUGAAUUCCAAACAUGGCCAGCUCCCUUACCAGUGCCUCGACUGUGGAGAACAUUUCAAGAGGAAGUUCAAUUUGAGGGAACACAAGGCAAAGUGCCAUUUUACGCCUUCCUCCAAAGCCAGAAAAUGCUGUUUGUGUAACAAGACUUUCAACAGUCCAUAUUUAAUGAGAAAGCACCUCAAGUCCCAACAUGAUCAACUCCCUUACCAGUGCCGCGACUGUGGACAUUUUUUUACGCUGAAGUUUAAUUUGAAGAAGCAUAAGAAAAAAUGCCCCACUCUGAAAAGACAUUAGCGAGUACACGCUGGAGAGCAGAAUCCUUGCACGGAUUGUAGCAAACACUUUCCUUUGAAGGGUAGUUUGAAAACCCACCAACUCCUUCAUACAGAAGAGCAGCCAUUUGCGUGCACUUUGUGCCAAGAACGCUUUAUCACGAAUAAACAGCUACUAGGACAUACGUUUACUCACUCAAAGGAGAAGCCUUUUCAGUAUUAAGCUUGUGGGAAGGAAGACUUUCGAAACAAGGUUGGAGCAGACAUCAACAAUUUAGGCAUGGUCAGCUGAAAAAAUAUAUAUACGAGAACAAGUUUGCUUGAAGAUUGAGUAAUUGUAAUUCCCGACCUUCACCAUUUCACUUGUGAUUUUGGUUCUUAUUUUAUUCUCUUUGAAUAGACAUUUUUGGUUUACAAACAAACGAUACCUUUGAGUGAUGCACACGCAUUCUCGUGUUAAAAAAAUCCCUCUAGCAGAAUAUUUACACGCAGAUGUCGACAAACGUAAUAGCGAUGAAUAUGAAAACACAAGACUGGUGGCUAUAACUAUGUUCAAGGAGAGUAUUAUUCUUCUGGCUUUAUCGAGCUCUAUUUGUGAUAUUUUACCUUGCUGGCUUGGUAGCUUGCUAGGUAGUUCAUCCUCGGAAGACAUCUGUGACGUUGUAGAUGAUAACCAUCGGACUACAUCAAAUCAAAUCAAAUGUAUUUAUAUAGCCCUUCGUACAUCAGCUGAUAUCUCAAAGUGCUGUACAGAAACCCAGCCUAAAACCCCAAACAGCAAACAAUGCAGGUGUAAAAACAUGUUUGUUAACUUGCAUAAGCUGCAUCUGAAGUUGGAUGUUGUUGUAUUGUCAAUCCCCGAUCUGAGGAAGAACUGCGUACUGCAACUUCACACCCCGGCCGGGAAAUGGGUCUAUUACAUAUGUUCAGGAAUGUCCCCCAGAGCUGUUGCCAGAGAAUUGAAUGUUAAUUUCUCUUACCAUAAGCUGCUUCCAAAGUCGUUUUAGAGAAUUAGGCAGUACGUCCAACCGGCCUCGUAACCGCAGACCAUGUGUAACCACGCCAGCCCAGGACCUCCACAUCCGGCUCCUUCACCUGCGGGAUCGUCUGAGACCAGCCACCCGGACAGCUGAUGAAACUUUGGGUUUGCACAACCGAAGGAUUUCUGCACAUACUGUGGUGCUUAUCGUCCUCACCAGGGUCUUGACAUGACUGCAGUUUGGCGUUGUAACCGAAUUCAGUGGGCAAAUGCUCACCAUUAAUUCGCUGCACGCUGUGCUCUUCACGGAUGCAUCCCUGUUUCAACCGUAAUUAUGGCAGAUGGCAGACCCACGUGUAUGACGUCAUGUGGGCGAGCAGUUUCCUGAUGUCAUCAUUGUGAACAGUGUGCCCCAUGUUGCUGGUAGGGUUAUGGUAUGGGCAGGCAGGCAUAAACUACAGACAACAAACACAACUGCAUUUUAUCGAUGGCAAUUUGAAUGCACAGAGUGAUACCGUGACAAGAUCCUGAGGCCAAUUGUCGUGCCAGUCAUCCGCCGCCAUCGCCUAAUUUUUCAGCAUGGUAAUGCACAGCCCCAUUGUCGAAAGGAUCUGUACACACUUCCUGGAAUGUAAAAAUGUUGCAGCUCUUCCAUGGCCUGCAUACUCACCAGACAUGUCACCCAUUGAGCAUGUUUGGGAUGCUCGAGAGACGUGUACGACAGCGUGUUCCAGUGUCGGCCAAUAUCUAGCAUACCCAUUGAAGAGGAGUGGGACAACAUUCCACAGGCCACAAACAACAGCCUGAUCGACUCUAUGCGAAGGAAAUGUGUUGCGCUGCAUGAGGCAAAUAGUGGUCACACCAGGCACUGACUUGUUUUCUGAUCCACGCCCCUAUCUUUUUUAUUUGAUUAUUAAGGUAUUUGUUAUCAUCAGAUGCAUAUCUAUAUGCCCAGUUAUGUGAAAUCCAUCAUUUCGGGCCUAAUGAAUUUAUUUCUAUUGACUGAUUUCUUUACAUGAACUGUAGUAAAAUGAAAUUUUUGCA